AUGGACCACAGCGACCACAGCAAGGGGAUGGCCAUGUCAAUGGUCUUCGACACCAGCACCGAAAUUACACUCUUCUUCCACGGUUGGACGACUACCACCGCAGCCUCCUACAGUCUUACGUUAAUCUUCCUCUUCGCCCUGGCAGUGUUCAAUCGCUUCCUGGGCGUGCUAAAGUUUCAGCUCGACGUGAAGCACACUCGGCCGGCUGAGAGGGGAGUCCCGAAGCUACAGCUGCCCAGCACGCGACGCCGACAUGCCAUUCCCAAGGACCGCAUGAGUCCCCUGCCUCAAUACAUGAAGGUCGCCGAAACCGACCCUGACCACGAGGCGUCUUUCCCGUCGGCUCCGUUCCUGGAGUGGGAUCCUGAACACACACGCGAUGAAUUCCCCUCCAGCUUAAAUCAGGAGUCGCAAGGCCCCCUCUUCAAGCGUCGUUGGUGGAGCGCGUACAGACGCUGGAGUUGGCGAUGGGAUGGAACGAGCUCACUACUCGAGGGACUCCGGGCGCUGGUGGGCUACGCAUUAAUGCUAGCAGUGAUGACAUUCAAUGUGGGGGUAUUCUGCGCGGUGGUUGGAGGCAUUGUAGUCGGCGAACUGUUGUUGGGGCGCUAUGCACAGCCCUCAUCAGGAUGGCAGGAUGGCGCAUGUCAUGAUUAG